AUGCCCGUCGAAGCCGUCGACUACCUAACCGUAGGCGAUGGCGAGCUGAUCAUCAAGGUCGCCGGCGUUGCCCUCAACCCCAUCGGCCCUAGGCGACCACCUCUUCAAUUGGCUGCAAUACCCCUUCAUCCUGGGUUCGACAUUGCCGGCACCGUCGUCGAAUUUGGCUCGGGCGUCGUUUCCUUCACCUCAGGCGACUGCGUACUCGCCUUGGCUACAGGCUUCACUGCGCGCGAGGGUGCGUUCCGGGAGUAUUUCGUCGUCGUGACGAACCUGGUAACUUCCAUCCCCAAGACGCUGCCAUUCGCAGACGCCGCAGUGCUGCCACUUGGGCUGGCAGCCGCUGCGGGCUUGCUUUACGAAUCAGGUGGCCUAGGGCUCAAUCUGCCCAGGGUUAGCCACGGUGAUGACGCUCAAGAUAAGAGGACGAUCAUAAUUUAG